CAACAAUGUAGUGAGAAACCAAGAAUCUAAAGGGUUUUUGGUUUUCGGGGUGCUUGCUAGCUAGAGUAGUAGUCUUAUUUUCCGCUAUGAGAGAGAAAGAAUACCUUCAAAAGGAGGUUUAGCAUCUGUUGAAGAAGAAGAAAAAAAAGAAAAGAAGUGGGCCAGGCCAGGCCAGAGCAUGAUACAACCCAGAAGGAAGAAACAAGUUUAAUUAAUGGCUCAUGAAGAAGGAAAGCCUCAGCUAAUUCAAUAGGAAUGAUGGAAGCAAUUAAACAUGAUGAUAAGUACCUGAGAGAUCUUGAAUGGCUUGUACAGAAUAUCCAAUCAGAAACAAACCUGAAUCUAAUUCGAAGAGUCUCCUUUUCUGUAAUCUCUGAUCUACCAUCAUCAUCUUCAUCUUCUUCUUCUUCUUGUGCUUGCAGCAGCUGUUGUUACCAAAUAGAAACGGACAAGUACAUGAGCAGCUCCUUGGACAUCAACAUCUUCGAGCAUUCUCAAUGUUUCUUGUCAGUGCUCCUCUCCCUCCUAUCUACUACAGCCUCCCAAUACUCGUCUCUCCGGGAACUCCAUCUUCGACACAUCAAAUGGGACGACUCUCAACAGAUGCAUUCCCUUGUGUUGUUGCUCCUACACAACACCCCAACCAUCACUCAGAUUGUCUUUAAUAACAACAACUUCAACAACUUAGACUGCCUAUCCAUCUUUUCUGACAUGUUAACCAAAAAUGACAAGUUAAAAGAGGUCAUCUUCUCCGAAUCCCAUCUCGGCCCCCUUGGAGCUUCCCUUCUUGCUUCCGCCCUUCAACUCAACACCUCAUUGGAAGAGCUCCAGAUAUGGGAAGAUUCUGUUGGUUCGAGAGGAGCCGAGGAGCUCUCCAAAAUGAUCGAAAUUAACUCUUCUCUCAAACUUCUCACCAUCUUCGACUCAACUCCAAGGACUGCCACCCCCUUGAUCUCCUCCGUCUUGGCCAGGAACCGACACAUGGAACUCCACAUUUGGAGUCAGCUGGAACCACCACCCCGAGGAGGAGGAGGAGGAGGACAAGGCCAGACCAAGGUGGCAGAAUUAUUAAUUGUGCCUGAUCAUCAACAUCAACAUCAUCAUCAGAACAACAACAACAGUACUACUACUACUACUCUUCUUCGUGUUUACAGGCUUGAUGCAUCCGGUUCUUGUAGAGUUGCUUGCUCACUUGGUAUGAACUCAACGGUGAGGUCAUUGGACUUAACGGGUAUCAGGCUGAACACAAAAUGGGCCAAAGAAUUCAGAUGGGUUCUUGAACAAAAUACAGUCCUGAGAGACGUCAACAUAUCCUCAACUUCCCUCAAAGACAAGGGUGUGGUCUAUAUUGCAGCUGGAUUAUUCAAGAAUAAGACCUUGCAAAGAUUGAGCCUUCACGGAAAUUGCUUUAGUGGGAUAGGUGUGGAGCAUUUGCUCUGCCCAUUCACCAGGUUCUCCGCCCUGCAACUCCAAGCCAACCUAACACUCAACGCCUUAACUUUUGGAGGAAGAAAAACCAAAAUUGGGAGACAAGGCCUGGCUUCUAUCCUACAGAUGCUGACCACCAAUCAGAGUUUGACCCGUUUGUCCAUAUAUGACGAUGAAAGCCUAAGGUCCGAGGACUUUGUGAAGAUGUUCAAGAAUUUGGAGAUGAAUAAUAAUAAUGCCAGGUUGAGGCAUUUGUCUCUACAAGGCUGCAAAGGGGUAAAUGGUGAACUGUUACUCCAGGCCAUCAUGUCUACCCUACAGGUCAAUCCAUGGCUCCAGGAGCUUGAUCUGGCCAGAACACCAUUGCAGAGUUCUGGGAAGACGGAAGGGAUAUACAAGAAAUUAGGCCAAAACGAGAAGAUGGAAACAGACUCGAUAGAGUUAAUUAAUGUUGAUUUACUCAAGGACAUGCCAAUGGUUGUUCCAAAGAGCUCCUGUAGAGUCUUCUUCUGCGGACAGGAACAUGCAGGUAAAACUACACUAUGCAAUUCCGUGGCUCGCAACUUCUCCUCUUCUUCCAAACUGCCCUACAUGGAUCACAUAAGAACACUUGUUAACCCAGUUGAGGAAGUUGUGAAAGGCGGAGGAAUGAAAAUAAAGACUUUUAAAGAUGAAUUAGGAACAAAGAUUUCUUUAUGGAACCUUGCGGGUCAACAACACGAGUUGUAUGCCCUCCACGACCUCAUGUUUCCAGCUGGGCAUGGAAGCAGCAGCGCCUCGUUCUUUGUUGUCGUAGUCAGUUUAGACACAAUUACAAAGAGUCCCCCCCAAACAGCAAUGGCAACGGUGCCUGUGAAUAUAAUCGAGGACGACAUUAAGUACUGGCUUCGAUUCAUAGUUUCUAAUUCUAAAAGGGCCGCCCACGCCGCGGAAGCAGCAGCAACACCACUACCACACGUCACUCUAGUUCUCACACACUAUGACCAAAUUAACCUAUCAUCAUCUGAAAGCCUGCAGGCCACAGUCCAUUCAAUACAAAGAUUGAGAGAUAAGUUUAAUGGGUAUGUCGAAUUCUACCCAACUGCCUUCACUGUCGAUGCUAGGUCAUCAGCAUCCGUGAGUAAGCUCGCACAUCACCUGAGGGCCACAAGCAAGACGAUUCUUCAAAGAGUUCCAAGAGUUUAUGAGCUCUGCAACGAUCUAAUACAACUUCUGUCAAACUGGAGAAUAGACAACUCUAACAAGCCAUCAAUGAGGUGGAAGGAAUUCGAGCAACUUUGCCAGGUCAAGAUUCCAUCUUUAAGGGUGAUUAGGUCAAGAAAUGGUGACCAACAAGCUGAGAAAGUAGUGGAGACGAGAAGACGGGCCGUUGCAAGCUAUAUGCAUCACAUAGGGGAGGUUAUUUUUUUCAACGAACUGGAAUUUCUGAUUUUAGAUAUCGAGUGGUUUUGCGGAGAAGUUCUUGGCCAACUCAUGGCAGGAUUAGAUAUUAGGAAACGAGGAGGAGGAGGAGGAAGAGGAAACAACAUCACAACAACUGGAUUCUUAAGCAGAAAGGAUUUAGAGAAGAUUCUGAAAGAAAAUCUUCAACAGAGUAAUAUACCUGGGAUGGGUAAUAAAUUGUUAGACGAUUUGGAUGCCAGUGAUCUUGUGAGAAUGAUGCUGAAACUUGAGCUGUGUUAUGAACAAGAAGAUUCAUCAUCCUCAUCCUCAUCUGGUCCAAAUUCGAUGUUAUUCAUCCCCUCCAUUCUUGAACAAGGUAGAGGAGGAAGAAGAAGAAGAUGGGACUUCACUACGCCUCCCGAUUGCGUUUUUGUGGGCCGACAUCUGGAGUGCGAUGAUUCCAGCCUUACUUUCCUUACGCCAGGCUUCUUUCCUCGGCUGCAGGUGCAUCUUCAUAACAGAGUGAUGGCCCUUAAGAAUCAACAUGGAGCGACUUACAGUCUCGAGAAAUACCUCAUUUCCAUUACCAUCGACGGCAUCCAUGUCCGCGUAGAGCUGGGCAGCGGCGGCCAGUUAGGCUACUACGUUGACAUCCUUGCAUCUUCUUCCACUAAGACCCUGACAGAAAUUGUCAAUCUCUUCCGCCAUCUCAUCAUCCCAAGCAUCCUUAGUCUCUGCCAGGGAGAGGGAGGAGGGGUCAUGCUCACUGAAAACGUUAUCCGGCCAGAAUGCGUCAGAAAUCUUACUCCCCCACGGUACAGGAAAACCCAGUUUGUUCCAUUGCAUCGACUGAAAGAGGCUUUGCUCACGGUUCCUGCAGACAACAUGUAUGAUUAUCAGCACACAUGGGAUCAAGUACUAGACUCCACCUCAGGUGGUGGUGGUGAUGGUGGUGGUGGUAGGACGGUGGUUCUAAGGCAAGGGUUUGAUCUGGCAAGAGAUAUAUUAUCAGACGAUGAAUUUAGAGAAGUUGUUCAUAGAAGAUAUCACGACUUAUAUAACCUAGCCAUGGAACUCGAUUUUCCGACCAACACGGAACAUAAUUCUUCUCCGGAGGAGGAGGAGGAGAAUAUUGUGGAUCCUUCUUUAGGAGGAAUUGCGAAAGGAGUGGAGGCAGUUCUUCGUAGACUGAAGAUAAUGGAGCAAGAGAUGAGAGAUGUGAAGCAAGAGAUUCAAGGGUUGAGAUAUUAUGAACAUGGGCUUCUAGUUGAGCUGCAUAGAAAAGUGUUGUACCUGGUGAACUUCAACGUGGAAGUAGAAGAAAGGAAAUUCCCAAACAUGUUCUUCUUCGUGGAAACGGAGAAGUAUUCAACAAGGAGAUUAGUUACAAAGCUGAUAUCGGGCAUGGCGGCACUGAGGCUUCACAUGCUGUGCGAGUACAGACAGGAAAUGCACGUGGUGGAAGACCAGGUGGGGUGCCAAGUGCUAAAAGUGGACAACAGAGCGGUGAAAUGCGUGGCACCGUACAUGAAGAAAUUCAUGAAGCUUCUAACAUUUGCUCUUAAGAUAGGAGCUCAUUUAGCAGCCGGGAUGGGAAGUAUGAUUCCCGAUUUGAGCAGGGAAGUGGCCCACCUAGUGGACGUCUCAAUUGUCUUGUCCGGAGGAGGAGGUGCUGGUGCUGUUGCUGUAGCAGCAGGCGGCGGAGGAGCUCUCGGGGCUGCUGCAGCAGUAGGAAAUUACAGGGAUUCAAGAAACAACAGUAAUAGUACUACUACUGGACAUGAUCAAAAGGCGGCUCAACAAUGGCUGAUGGAUUUCCUUAGAGAUGAGAAGUGUUGGAGUGGAAGAGAGGUGGCAGAGAAAUUCGGGUUGUGGAGAGUUCGAUACAGAGAUAGCGGGCAGAUAGCAUGGAUAUGUCGCCACCAUAUGUAUUCCCGAUCCAACCAAGUUCAUCAACUGCCCAUAUGAAUUUAAUUAGAUAUAUUAAUUUCUUCUUCUUCUUGUUGGGUUGUUGUUGUUGUUGUUCUAAUAUUUCCCAAAAGUAAUGUUGUUAAUAGAAUUGAAGGAGUAGAAACAACAGCAAGCAAGUAGAGCUUUAUUUAUUUAUUUAUUUGAUGCAAAAUAUAGAAUAACAUGAGCGUACAACAUA